AUGUCUAAUGCGAUGAGAGACUUGGUCAUGGGCGAAGCCGAUGAGGCCAGCUCCGAUGACGAGUCAUACGACGAGGAGACUGGUGAAGCUCGCCAGCGGCAGCGCAAACAAAAUGGCGACGGCGAUGAUUCUAGCGAGGAAGAGGAUGACGACGACGAUGAGGAAGAGGCCGCAAAGAUCCGCGAGGGCUUCAUUGUCGAUGAGGAUGAGGAAGAAGAGGAUGCCAUAGAUUCAGACGAGGAGCGAAAGCGUCGAAAGCGCAAGCGACGACAAGAACGAGAAGAGGAAGCCCAGCUCGACGAGGAGGAUCUUGACCUGAUCGGUGAGACGAUAGGCGAGGCCCAGCCGCCAGAGAAGAAGAAAAUGAAGCGUCUGCGGAUAGGCCAUCGUGAGUCAGACGACCGAAGGACCGAAAGACGCGGGCUUGACGACAUGUUCUCCGACGAAGAUGAGGUCGACGAUCGAGCUUACGCGCGUCCUACGCGACCGGGCCGCCUAGAUGAUGAGAUGGACGACUUCAUCGAGGACGAUGACCCCGUGAACGAAGAAGAACGUUUCCGCCAGAUCGAGGAUGCCGAAGUCGCCAGGCCCCGAGACCGGGGUCUAGCCGGAACUCUUCUCGACACCAGUGGCCUCGACCAGGAAGUCCUUGAGGAUAUGGAAGCAAUUUUCGGUAACGGCGAAGACUACGACUGGGCCCUCCAAUUAGAAGAGGAGGAGGAGGAACGCCGAUAUGAAGACCAGAACCUUGAACUCAAGGAUGUCUUUGAGCCUUCGCAACUGCAAGAGAAGCUGCUCACCGAAGAAGAUAACGUCAUUAGGAACACUGAUGAGCCUGAGCGUUUCCAGCUGGAUCGCAAGCCUUUCAAGUCUCUUAACAUCACCAACGAUCAAUUCAAGGAGGAGGCCAAGUGGAUCACAAAUCUUAUUUGGCCCAAGAAGGGACUAUCUGGGAGACUCCUCGAACCCUUUCAAAAAGCUAUCGGUAAAGUACUCGAAUACUUUGUCGUUGAUCAGCUUGAAGUCCCCUACGUCUUUCAGCACCGCAAAGAUUACCUCAUUCACGCCGAGAAGAAAGAGAACCCCGAGCACAGAAACGACCCAGAUGCUCCCGAGACCAUUGUGAGCGCCGAAAAACUACUUACACAAGACGAUCUCUGGAGGGUACUGGAGCUGGAUAUUAAGUUCCGUGCCUUUAUCGAGAGGCGGAAUGCGCUAGAAAGAACAUUCGACAAUUUGCGAGAGAAAACCGGGGUUCAAGAUGAGAGUUUGGAGGAGCUGAUCCCUGUUGCUGAGAGCAUGGAGGAGCUACAGGACUUACAAGACUACGUCAACUUCCAGUACUCUGCACAACUCAAGGAUCUUGCGGCCAUGGAUGGAAUUGCGAAGGAAACCAAGCGCCCCGGCACCAAGUCGUCUGCUUGGGAGCGGAUCCGGAACAGCAACGUUUACAGGUUCGUCAAGGCAUAUGGUAUCACACCCGACCGUCUGGCCCAGAAUCUUCAGCGGGAUGGCAAGAGAUCUCUCGUAGACGAUGACGAUAAAUCACCCGAGGAUCUGGCUGACUCAUUGACUGACUCUGACGCUCUAACAUCCGAGGCCGUCAUCUCCCAAGCACGUUCAAUGUAUGCUGAGGAGCUCUUCGCAAACCCCAGAAUGCGAAAACACUUUCGGGUUCAUUUCUUCAUGAAUGGCGAGAUCAGUUGUCGGCGAACGGACAAGGGUCUUCGACGUAUCGAUGAGGCACAUCCAUUCUACGAGAUCAAAUAUAUCAUCAACCAAACCAUUCCUGACCUCGCACGUCGGCCUGAACUGUUCCUCAAGAUGAUGAAAGCUGAAGAGGAAGGUUUAGUCGAGGUCAGAUUACGCCUGUCGAAUGAACGUCCAUUUCGCCAGCAGCUGGAUGCCGAGUUCAAGUCCGACAAUUACAGCUCAGCUGCUGAUGCCUGGAACGAACAACGCCGGAAGGUGCUCGAUAACGCAUUCUUCAAGCUUGAAAAGAUCAUCUCCAAGAGCGUCAAAGAGACAUUGAGGACAGCUUGCCAAGAAGAGCUGUUGAAGAUCUGCCGCGAGGAGUAUUCAAAGAGGCUAGAUCAAGCACCAUACAAACCCAAGGGCAUGGUUCUAGGAACGACCCCUCGCGUCCUUGCCCUUUCCAACGGCAUGGGUGAUGUGCAAAGAGAUCCCGUCUUUUGGGCAUGGGUAGAGGAAGAUGGUCGCGUCAUUGAGCAGGGCCGCUUCGAGAACCUGGCACGUAACGAUGCGCAGAGAGAUGCUUUCGUUGAAGUUGUUGAACGCAGGAAACCCGAUGUCAUCGCUAUCAGCGGUUUCUCCGCCGACAGCCAAAAGCUCGUACGGGAUGUUGAGGGCCUUGUCAGCGAAAAGCGCCUCAUGGGACCUGACUUUGAGGAUCCGGACACCGGUGACUACCGCAGUGAUUUACUCGACGUAUUUGUGGUCAACGAUGAGGUGGCCAGACUAUACAAGGAUAGUCCACGAGCCAUUGCAGAGCACCCGGGCUUGCAUUCCGUCACACGUUACUGCGUAGGCCUUGCCAGGUAUCUUCAGAACCCGAUGAAGGAGUACGCUACGCUGGGCAAAGACAUUGCGUCCCUCCUAUUCCACCCUUGUCAGAGCUUACUGCCUCAAGACAAAUUACUCAAGUACCUCGAAACAUCAAUGGUUGACAUGGUCAAUCUCUGCGGUGUGGACAUCAAUGAGGCCGUCAGCGAUCCCUACGUGGCCAACUUGCUUCCCUACGUUGCUGGUCUCGGCCCUCGUAAAGCUACCGCGGUGAUCAAGGCAAUCAACGUCAAUGGAGGAGCCGUCAAUUCCAGGGACGAACUCGUCGGAGAUCCUGAUAAUAACAAACUCCCCGUGGUUGGCCCACUCGUCUGGAUGAACUGCGCCAGCUUUUUGUUCUUAGAGUACGAUCCGGCAAAUCCAGCUUCAGAGCCUCUCGAUAACACUCGUGUUCAUCCGGAAGACUACGAGCUCGGUCGAAAGAUGGCUGCUGAUGCCCUCGAACUUGACGAGGAGGAUGUCCAGGCCGAAACCGUCGAGAAUGGGCAGGGCGCCAUCGUUCGAAAGCUGUUCAAAGAAGACGAACAGGACAAAGUCAACGAGCUUAUUCUGGAAGAGUACGCUGAGCAGCUGGAGACUAAUUACGCUCAAAGGAAGCGGGCAACCCUGGAGACGAUCCGUGCAGAAUUGCAAGCUCCUUACGAAGAGCUCCGACGAGCUCUGGUUGCGCUGGCCAGCGAUCGGAUAUUUACCAUGUUCACCGGAGAAACUGAGGAUUCCCUAUAUGAGGGCAUGGUCUUGCCAGUCAACGUGCGUGUGGUAAAGGAUGACUUCGCCAUCGUGAAACUUGAUUGCGGCAUCGAAGGUCGCGUUGACGCACACGAGGUCAGCCAUAGAGCCAACGUCUCUAUCAAGGAGAUAAUUCGUCCCGGUCAAAUCGCGCAGGCCAAGAUACUUGAGCUGAACCGAAAAGACUUCCUCGCCAAGGUAUCCGUACGCGAGGAUGCUGUCAGACGGCCACUUAACAAGCAUCAUGACCACGACCCACGCAUGUGGGACUUCAAGGGCGAGGCCAAUGACAAGGAAGAGCUCCGGGAGAAAGACAAGGUCACUGGUCGGGUGCAGAGAGUCAUAAAACACCCCAUGUUUAAGCCUUUCAGCUCAAUCGAAGCUGAACAGUAUCUUGGAUCUCAGGCUGUUGGCGACUUGAUCAUAAGGCCGUCCUCCAAGGGUAAUGAUCAUCUGACAAUCACAUGGAAGGUUGCAGAUGGUGUCUUCAAGCACAUCGAUGUCCUUGAGCUGCAGAAGGAGAGCGAAUUUUCCGUCGGCAAGAUUCUCCGCGUUGAGAACAAGUACAACUACACCGAUCUUGACGAGUUGAUCGUGGAACACGUCAAAGCAACGGCUCGCAAGGUGGACCAACUCACUGGGCAUGACAAAUUCCGUAAGGGCAGUAUGUCCGAAAUUGAGAAAUGGCUCACAGCCUAUACAGACGCCAACCCAAAGGCUGCUGUAUACACCUUCUGUAUCGAUACGAAGCACCCUGGAUUCUUCUGGCUGACAUUUAAGACCAACAAGCAAUCUAAGAUAUUUAAGUGGUCGGUCAAGGUUUUGCCAAACGCUUACGAGAUGCUUGGAAAUCAAUAUCCAGACAUGAGGGCGCUGACCAACGGCUUUAAACUACGAUACCAGAGCGAGCUCAACAAGUCAGGAGCUGGAAGAAGGUAG